GGCAGCUGCACCCCAAGUCCCCAGUGAGAGAGGAGCUGACCCACCAAGAACCAGGGACCUCUACCUAAAAGGGUGGAGAAGGGAUUUUUUUUUCUUUUAUCUUCCCACCCCCUUUGAUUUUGAUUUAAAUUGGACUUCUCAGGGGGACCUGUUGACUUGGAACGUGCGAGAGGAUGAAGGGGCCGUGGCUGGUUCUGGCAGCUCUGUGCCUCGCCCUGGCAAACCUGGGUGCCCGGGCAGAGGAAGGGCUAGAUUUUCCCGAGUAUGAUGGAGAGGACCGAGUAAUCAACAUCAACCUCAAAAACUACAAGGCCGCCCUGAAAAAGUACGAAGUGUUAGCCUUGCUGUACCAUGAACCAAUUGAGGAUGACAAGGCUUCCCAAAGGCAAUUUGAGAUGGAAGAGCUGAUCUUUGAGUUAGCUGCCCAAGUCCUGGAAGAUAAAGGUGUGGGAUUUGGCUUAGUCGACUCUGAAAAAGAUGCCGCUGUGGCCAAAAAAUUAGGACUGGAUGAAGAAGACAGUAUCUACGUAUUCAAAGAUGACGAGGUUAUCGAAUAUGAUGGGGAAUUUUCUGCAGAUACUCUGGUGGAAUUCCUGCUGGAUGUGCUUGAAGACCCUGUAGAGUUUAUUGAGGGAAGUCACGAACUUGCCGCAUUCGAAAACAUCGAAGAGGAUCAAAAGCUCAUUGGAUACUUCAAAAAUGAAGACUCUGAACAUUACAAGGCCUUCGUAGACGCAGCGGAGGAGUUUCACCCCUACAUCCCAUUCUUCGCUACUUUCGACAGCAAGGUUGCUAAGAAACUGGACCUCAAGAUCAAUGAAAUUGACUACUAUGAACCUUUCCAUGAUGAGCCCGUCACAAUCCCCAACAAGCCCAACAGUGAAGAAGAAAUUGUAGACUUCAUGCACUUACACAAGAGACCAACACUGAGGAAGCUGAAGCCUGACAGUAUGUAUGAAACUUGGGAAGAUGAUUUGGAUGGUAUUCACAUUGUUGCAUUCGCUGAAGAGGAUGACCCCGAUGGUUAUGAGUUCCUGGAAAUCAUCAAAGAAGUUGCAGAAGACAAC